AUGUCGGCCCCAAUGAAGGUACUGCUCAAGCAGUCGCCUCGUACACUAGCAAUCGUCAAUGAAUAUCAUGCCCUGUUAGUUAUGUCUUCAAACCCCAAGGGCUCCUUGGAACAGCGCACAAAGUGUAUUGUGACCUUUAACAAGAAGAGCGAAGUUGAUCUAGAAGGUUUCAAACACGUGGUUGAUUGCUUCGGCUGUUUGGGUUUGAUCAAUGUCGGAACGGAUGUAUUCCUGUGUACAAUUACUGCCCACGCACGCACAGCCCGUCCGAUGCCGGGUCGUGCAGUUUGGCGUAUUCAUGCUGUCGAUUUCCACUGCUUGACGAAGUCUGCGUGGGACUUUUUGGAUGCAAUGCCUACCAUGGAGAUUCACCAUCCUGGUCAAUCCCCUGUGGACGUUAAUGUACACCCAUGCGGUGGCAUCCGCAAGCUUUUGAACAAUGGUAGCUUUUACUACUCGAACGACUUCGAUCUCACAGCGGUUUUGCAAAAUUCAGGGGACACAAAAUCAUUUUCUCUGCCGUUGGAUGCAAGUUUCAUGUGGAAUAUGUUCAUGAUGGAGGAGUUAAUCGUGUUUAGAAGCCGAUUGGCUGCCGAUGAGCAGCAAUUCAUGGACGCUGGUGGGUUUCUGACCUGCGUUAUCAGAGGCUUCGCAUCGACCCAGCCAAUUAGACUUGAUAAUUUGAACGGAUUGUUGUCAGUGAUUUCCCGUCAAUCGUGUAGACGGGCAGGUACUCGUUUCAACGUUCGCGGUAUCGAUGACGAGGGCAACGUUGCCAACUUCGUUGAGACAGAGACCAUUUUGUGGCUUGAAAACCGUUUACAAUUCGGCUAUGUCCAAAUUAGAGGCUCAGUCCCUGUAUUCUGGGAACAGGACGGCAAUUUUUUGGGAGGAAAACCAAACUUGACCCGGUCGUUCGAAGCAACACAGCCUGCGUUCAACAAACACCUAAGACAGAUCACUGAGCGAUUUGGGUCAGUACAAAUUGUGGACCUACUAGCCGAUAAAACCGGCGAACGGGAUUUAUCAGUUGCAUUUAGCAAGCAUAUCGAGCAGUCCAAAGACCCUCAAGUGCGUUAUAUGCACUUUGACUUUCAUAAAGAGGUCGGGAAUGGACAGGGAUAUGGUGCUGCUUCUCGGAUUCUGGAUCGUAUCCAAGAAGUUAUCAUGGAAGUCGGUUUUUUCUCCCAUAACCCAACGACCUGCGAAACGGAAACAGAACAAAUUGGUGUGUUCCGUACCAACUGUUUGGAUUGCUUGGAUCGCACCAACUUCAUCCAACAAAUCAUCUCUCGCGAUGUUCUGGAUCUGUUUUUGGACUACAACAAUUUGUAUCCAAAUGAAGAUCUAUGGCAAAAACUGUCUACUUUGUGGGCUGAUAAUGGAGAUCAGCUUUCUCAAAUUUACACCGGAACUAAUGCUCUCAAGUCUUCCUAUACUCGCUCUGGUCGAAUGAAUCUAGCAGGAGCACUUUCGGAUGUAACGAAAAGUGUAAGUCGGCUCUACGUUAACAAUUUUGUGGACAAGAGUCGCCAAACCACUAUCGAGCUGCUACUUGGGUUAGCAGAAGGUCAGAUGGGAAUAACGAUUUCCGACCCGGUCAAUGAUUAUGUUCAAGCCGAGCUCGCUCGGCGUAGUGUGGAAUAUUCCUCGGACUACAAAAUCCAGGUCUUCUGUGGCACAUUCAAUGUUAACGGCAAAGUUCCUACUCAGGCAGAUCUUACAUCUUGGCUGUUUCCUCGUGAAAUGGCACAGUUUCCCGACCUAUAUAUGCUUGGAUUCCAAGAACUCGUGGAGCUUAGUGCGGGUCAGAUUCUGAACGCGGAUUCUGGCAGGCGGGUGUUUUGGGAGGACAUGGUCCACCAAAGUCUGAACCGGCGCGAGAACUAUGUUCUUCUGCGAUCUGGCCAACUGGUUGGUACAGCAUCCAUGCUUUUUGUCAAGAGGAGUGAGAUGCAUCGUGUGAGAAACGUUGAAGGCGCAUUUAAAAAGACUGCAUUUGGUGGUAUGACAGGAAACAAGGGUGGUGUUGGCAUCAGCUUCAUGUAUGCAAAUACGUCCAUUUGUUUUUUGAACUCGCAUCUGGCAGCAGGAAUGAAUAACGUAGAAGAGCGGCACAGCGAUUACAAGGUGUUAGCAUCUGGCGUGCGAUUCAACCGCGGAAGACAAAUGAAAGAUCACGACACUGUGUUCUGGCUGGGAGAUCUCAAUUAUCGCAUCGAUCUGCCCAACGACACGGUUAGAACGAUGUUAGACCAAGGCGAUCUUCAGCAUGCCUUAGCCCGAAUGGUCGAGCGUGACCAACUCGCUUCGCAAAUGAUCCGCGGAGAGACUUUCCCUUAUUUCAAUGAAGGGAAGAUCACUUUCUUGCCUACGUACAAAUAUGAUCCAGGUACAGACGACUACGACACGUCAGAAAAAGCUCGGGUUCCUGCUUGGACUGACCGCAUCUUGACCCGGGGAAAGAAUGUGCGAAACCUCGCCUAUAAUUCGGCGACAAAGAUCAAAUUCAGCGAUCACCGUCCUGUGUACGCACUAUUUGAGGUAACUGUCACCAUCAUAGAUGAGACCAAGAAGGAUACCUUGUUCCACGAGCUUUACCACGAGCGUCGUGAGCAAAUGGGACCAGACACCACCCUACUUAUAAAUGACGAGGAAUUCCGCGAAGCAGUUGUGACACCCAGCAGGCUUCCACAUCCUUCGACCGACUCUAAAAAAUGGUGGGCUGGUGAAGGCUUAGCGUCAAAAAUCCCUGUUCUACCUCCGCGACCGGGAAUGGUUUUGAACCCUGAAAAACUAAACCCGUUCUCCACUAAAUCAUCCGAUCAGCCUGAUUUCGUCGAUCUUGCAUCUGAUAUCUCAAGCAUACAGAAUGUGGUGCCUCGAAAGCCAGUGCCUGACAGUACAGAAAGCCUUGUGGAAUCUCUCUCGCGCAAACCAGUGCCCGAUAGCUCAGAGAGCCUUGUGGAAUCUCUUUCGCGCAAACCAGUGCCAGAUAGUACAGAGAGCCUUGUGGAGUCUCUCUCACGCAAACCAGUGCCAAAUGGUCAAGAGAAUAUUAACGACUCCGGCGUUGUUCGCAAGCCAGUUCCACUAAACCCAUUAGAUUCUGCUGCUGGUAGCGAUAAUGACUCAUAUAAAUCACUUAUAUAG